CAUCUCUAUUCCACUUACGUCUUGUUUACUUCUGGUCAUCAACGGCAGCAGCAGCAGUUCUCUCCACUUGUCAGUCAGAAGAAAUUCCCGUCGACGGCAAAUUACUCCCUGCCAUGUUGGACGCUGGUUAUCCCGGGGAAUGGUGUCAUAUCCCGUGACAACUGUUGCAGAAGAAUUAUUUUAUGGCAUCCCAGUUAUUUGACAGCUGUUGAAUCACAAUCCAAAUGAUGUGCAUUGGAGGAACUGCUGAGGAAGGCCAAUCUUGCUAUCAGUUUUGCAGCCUUUAGACCCAAAAUUAUGUAUAAGCAAGAAUACAAUUGGAAAAUCCAUGAUUAUAAACAUUUGAGAACUUUAUCUCAUAGGAGUGUGCCAUACUGGAGAUGUAUUACAUAAGUGAUUAGUGUAAUGGGGUCUUGUUGCUGCAAGGCACAACCAGAGCCUGGGGGCAAUGAUGACAUGAUCAUUGAGAGAAGACAAAUAGAAUUCAUCACAGGAUCGGACACAGAAGACAGCAUAAAUAGCAUUGUUUUGUCAGCUGUGACAGACAAAUAUGUUUUGGACACUCUUGCCGUCAUAAGAACUUUGGUGGACAAUGAUCAGGAGCCCCCACCAUCAAUGCUUAAGCUGCAUACUAUUGCUGACCAGGAAGCAGGAUGGUUGGUAGUUGUGCGAUCCAUGGUGCAGGUUAUUCCUCUGCAAGAUCCACUUGGACCUGCUGUUAUUACGUUGUUGCUGGAUGACUGUCCACUACCAAGCAAGGAAACAGUUGUUCAUUUAUGCAAAUUUUUUGAACUGAGCAGUGAAAAAGCAGAAGAUGGGUGGAAGGAUCCACAACAGCAUCGUAACAUAUGUGUGGUUUUAGGCUGCAUUGCUGAGAAGCUUGCGGGUCCAGCUUCUAUAGCCCUCCUAACUCACAAUACAUUGCAGUACUUGGUUGCUCAACUAAAUGAAGAGAACCAUCCGUGCGUCAUAUUGUUUGCUUUAAUUGCACUAGAGAAAUUUGCCCAAACAAGUGAAAACAAAACCAGUAUUAGCCAGUGCUUAGGUUCUGGAAUCACCAAUCCUCUAAGAAAACUUGAGAGUUGGAUGGACCAUACUGAUUAUGUCCAUUGUCAAGUUGGAUUUUGUGCGCAGUGGUGCUUAGAUAAUUUAUUUAUAUGUGAAGGCCGUCCCUAUUCAUAUGAAAAUGUUGACACUACCCACCUGAAUGCUAUGCUUAAUAGUAAUGAUGUUAGUGAAUAUCUUAAGAUUUCUCCUGAUGGGCUUCAGGCUCGUUGUGAUGCUUCAUCAUUUGAAAGUGUACGCUGUACAUUCCAAGUGGAUUCGGGUAUAUGGUAUUAUGAAGCUACCAUUAUCACUGCAGGCGUAAUGCAGAUUGGUUGGGCUACAAAAGACAGCAAAUUUUUAAAUCAUGAAGGUUAUGGUAUUGGUGAUGAUGAGUUUUCGGUUGCAUAUGAUGGUUGUCGCCAGUUAUUUUGGCAUAAUGCCCAGAGUGCAAGUCAUGUCCAUCCAAGUUGGAAACCAGGUGAUGUGUUGGGUUCUCUGCUAGACUUAACCAAUGCAGAAGUCAUAUUUUAUUUGAAUGGUGAUCCCUUACCACCUCUAACUGAAGUCUUCGGGAAUGCCACGUGUGGAUUUUUUGCAGCUGCAAGCUUCAUGUCUUUUCAGCAGUGUGAAUUCAACUUUGGUCGCAAAUCCUUUGUAUAUCCUCCUAAGGAUAUUCCUUUCCAGAGUUUCAAUGAUCAUGCAUAUCUUAAGGAAAAAGACAAAAUUAUCCUUCCAAGACACAUCAAGUUGCAAAAGUUACGAGCAAUGAGUGUAGAAGAGGGAGCCUGUACGCUGUGCUUUGAUGAGCGUGCAUCCAUCACUCUCCUACCUUGUGGUCACAGGGGAUUCUGUGAAAGGUGUGCAUUGCAGCUAGAGAUUUGUCCAAUGUGUCGUCGAAAUAUUGAAGAGAGGCAAGAGCUGGAAGUGAAGCCAGAUGCUAAGGAAGAUGUCACAUGAUCCCCGGGCAUAUGCUGAUAUAUGUAACCAAACCAUCAGCUGAACUUAAGUGUACCCCAGGUUUAUUGUGGAGAUAUGUGACUGUGCUUGAAUUAUCAUAAGAACAAUCGUAUAUAAUUUUUACAGACACAUGUUGUAACCUUAUUUAUUUACAUGUUUUAAUGUAAAUUUAGGGCUACAAUGCAUAAUUUGUUAAAUGGUUUUAAAAUGUUUAGAGGUGUAUUUACUGGUAAAAGAUUAUUGUAGAACGUUACAUAGAAUUUACACAAUGCAUUAGUUCACUUUAGAGAAAAAGAUUUAUCGCCCAGAUUCAAGAGGGUCAUAUUCUUAUAAAAAAAUCAAGCAAGGUUGUUUUUUUCUCUACUUGGUUCUAUUUUAUGUUAUACUUUAAUACUGUACAGUUUAUGGGCUGUUAGGUAUUUAUGUAUCACUGCUAAAACCUUUGAAUGUACAUAUCUGUGCUUCUGUGAAUUACUUUACAAAAAGACAUCUAAAAGUGACUGUUGAAGAGCAGGAAAUGCAUACACAGAUCAACUACACGCAAUAUUUGAAUGGGCAAAGAGCUGCAGACAAAUGGAAUGCCUCUGCUUCCAUGUUCAGUGUGACGAGGGAAUAGUGAGACAGCAUAGAGUAGCAGACAGUUUGUCAAAAAGGCAAAUUUUGGGGGAAUAAUGAAUUUUUAUUGUUGCUCUUUUUAUGAUGUAGAUGUUGGUAUUGAUGGUGAUAUUUUUGCCGAAAGACUUCUGAUAAAUUUUAACCUUCAGCUAAUUUAGCACUAAUAUACUGUAUUGUACAUGUAUUAAAGUUUUGCUAUAAUAUGCAUUGGAGGGGAGAAAGUAUUUUAAUGGGUUGUAAGAUUUUUUACUUUAUAUUUUAAUGUGCUCUUCAGCACUGUUGCUAAGAGAUUCAUAAAUCCAUUUUUAUUGUCAUGAUACUUUACCUAGUACCAGCUUAAAUGUAGAUAGAUUUUUCAUGUAGUUUUCAUAUUGCCUUUGACUGCACUCUUUGAUGUUUCCAAAACUUGUGUAUGUAACUACUCUUCUUGUGAUGAAUUUGAAUUCAGCUACAGUGUUCAAAUAAAAUAAUGUGUUAUGCAAUUUUAGAAGACAAUAAAGGGUGAUUAAUUUGAA